CGAGGCCUUUGGGGCGCGUAGAUUGUACGUCACCGUAGAGCAAGGCCAGGUGCUUUUGCUCGGGAUUCAUGUGGAGGUCAGCGCUGGCUGGGGAGGUGUGAUUUUUUUGAAGACAAAGAAGCAGGCUUGAAGCUGACCCAAUGGCUGCCAAGAUCUUCGAGACUGUUGGUAAACUAGGCCUUGGCUUGGCAAUUGCUGGUGGAGUUGUCAACUCUGCUCUUUAUAAUGUGGAUGCAGGCCACAGGGCUGUCAUUUUUGACAGAUUCCGAGGUGUCCAGGACAUAGUGGUGGGAGAAGGCACCCAUUUUCUCAUUCCAUGGGUACAGAAGCCAAUCAUAUUCGACUGCCGCUCUCGUCCACGCAAUGUACCUGUGAUCACUGGAAGCAAAGAUUUACAGAAUGUGAACAUCACAUUGCGAAUCUUGUUCAGGCCAGUGACUGUUCAACUUCCCAGAAUUUACACCACUAUUGGUGAAGACUACGAUGAGCGAGUGUUGCCUUCCAUUACAACAGAGAUUCUGAAAUCUGUAGUGGCUCGUUUUGAUGCUGGUGAGUUGAUCACCCAGAGAGAGCUGGUUUCACGGCAAGUGAGUGAAGACCUUACAGAAAGAGCAGCAACAUUUGGCCUUAUCCUGGAUGAUGUUUCCUUGACACAUCUGACAUUUGGGAAAGAGUUCACAGAAGCAGUAGAAAUGAAGCAAGUUGCCCAGCAAGAAGCAGAGAGGGCUAGGUUCAUAGUGGAAAAGGCAGAGCAGCAGAAAAAAGCAGCUAUCAUUUCAGCAGAGGGGGACUCAAAAGCAGCUGAGCUGAUUGCCAAUUCUCUGGCUACUGCUGGCGAUGGCCUCAUUGAACUACGCAAAUUGGAAGCAGCUGAAGACAUUGCGUAUCAGCUCUCACGGUCCCGCAACAUCACCUAUCUACCAUCAGGACAGUCAGUGUUGCUCCAGCUACCCCAGUGAGCACCUUCUGUCCCCAGCCCUAACUUUUUUCUACAAUUCCCUUGAAAAUAAGAGAGUUUAGCCAAAAGUAAUCACCGAGGUUUCACAAUUUGGGGUUGAAAAUUCAAGAGAUUGAAAAUCCCCUUUCCCCCUUACUAUAAUAAAGGUGAUCAAUCUUCAUUUUCUUCCACUAAAAUAUUAUUUUUUAUGUUGAUCAGAACAAUAGCUGUAAACGACUAGGGAGUUGUUUUUUUGUUAUGCACAUUUAACCUAAAGCCUCUUCUGGAAUGAAUAUUGUUUUUUACAAGAUCUCGCCGUAUUAUUUCAGUUUAGGCUUUGCUUUGGGAAAACAAAAGAGUCAGUCUUUCUUCAGCCCUUUCUUUGCUGUCAAAUACAAUGCCAUGCAAGAGUUUAUCAGUAUGAGAAACUACCUCCACCCAUACAGUAAGACAGAUUAUAACAAACAUCAUGAUAUUUGGGGAUGGAAUGUUUCCCAUAUGGAGCUGACACGUUUAUGUAAAUUUUAUUCCUGCUCUCCUCUGUGACUUGUCAGUAGUUGAAUUUAUUUGUCUUCAUACAAAGAAAAAACAUCUUUUAGACAGCAGGUCUCUGUUUCACAGUCUCAUCCCAGCUGUAAGGGGAAUAUGGCAGGUUUUCUACUGAUUGCCUGAUGAUAGCAGCAUUCACUAGUGGGAUGUUUUAAUUACUUCAAAAGAAGUUCACUUAGCAAUGAUUCUGGCAAGAAGUUGAGAUUGUAAUAACCAACCUUCAAUAAAUGAACUAAUAAAAUGUCCCUUCUUAA